ACAGGAUCAAAGUCAUAACACUAGACUCCCGUCAAUUCGUCGGUGAGUUGUUAUCAUUCGACAAACAUUACAACCUUGUUCUCUCCGAUUGUGAGGAGCACAGAAUAACAAAGAAAUCUCAAUUAUCUCUUAAGGAUCGUUCCAAGGCACAAGCUGCUGGUCAAUCUGCUCCAUCUGAAUCAAGUUUAAUCCAAGAAGAAAAGAGAAAGUUAGGUCUUAUAAUAUUGAGAGGUGAACAUGUCAUCAGCACUACGAUCGAAGCUCCUCCAAGCAAACCUAUAGCCC